AUGGUGACGGUAGUGCAGCUGCUGCUGCUGCUGCCUCCGCUGCCGCUGCUGGCCGUCGACUACUGUGCGCUGUGCCGCGCGCCGGGCAGCCACACGCUAUGCCUGUACCCGGAGGCCGGGCCGUCCGCCGCCUGCACGGGCUACGUGCCCGCGCCGCUCACCGCCGCCGAGAAGAAGGCGCUGCUCGACACGCACAACGGGCUGCGCAGCCGCGUCGCGCUGGGCCAGGGCUGGUCGCCCAACAGCACGCACGACGCCCAGCCCAAGGCCGCCAACAUGCGCCAGAUGUACUGGGACGACGAGCUCGCCAGCACCGCCCAGCGCUGGGCUGACAGGUGCGACAGCUUCUACACGACGCGGCCGCACGACGAGUGCCGCGACUCGCCGCGCUUCCCCGUGGGGCAGAACGUCGUGACGACCGCCUACAACUUCCCGCUGCCCAAGGACGUGCGGUCGCGCGUGCGCGAGUGGUACAACGAGAUCGACGACUUCGACCCGUCGUGGGUGUCGUCGUUCAGCUUUCAGCCGGUCGAGGACCGGCCGACGGCGCACUACACGCAGCUCGUCUGGGGCUGGACCUACCUGCUGGGCUGCGGGCGCGCCGUCUUCCACGAGCUGAUCAACGGCGAGCUGUGGAUGGUGGAGCGGCUGGUGUGCAACUACGGGCCGAGCGGCAACUUCCUGGGGCUGCCGCUGUAUGAGGAGGGUGACCCGUGCUCCAGGUGUCCCAACGGCACCCGCUGCAGCGACGCCUACCCGGGGCUCUGCCAGAUCGACGAGAACUACAACGCUACGACGACGCCGCUGCCGCCGCUCUGGAGCUUCACGACGCGGCCGCCAGGCGGCAGCACCAGCAAGAGCCCGGCCGCGGACGGCGGCGGCUCCACUCAGCGAGCGAGUGUGGCGCCCUCCACGACCACACAGCAGGCGCGGCCCACGACCACCGAGAAGGCGCGUUCCAGCACGGAGGGGACGCGGCCCACGACCAUGCUGCGGGCGACAACGGCGCCACCGGCAACCGAGACGACGACGGCGACGACCGCGUCCUACGUCGGCUCCACAGAGUCCGAGUCCGCGACGGACGAGGGGACGACCACGGAAGCGGUGGCGACGACAACCGAGCCGGUGACGACGGAGGUCGUCACCACAGAGGCUGCGGCCGAGAACAGCAUAGCGGAGUAG